ACAACUCAUGGGGCCCUGGGCAAUAAGGGAUCAUGGGGCCCUUGCUGAACAAGUGAUGGGGAUGCAACAGCGGUGGACUGACAACUCAUGGGGCCCCCGGGCAAUAGGGGAUCAUGGGGCCCCUGUGUCCUUGCCCAAACUCAAAAAAGCCUAUGAAAAAGGUACCAGGGGCAUCUCAUGGGGCCCCCUACUGACCCCUGGCCCUCGGGCAGUGCCCAAGUUUCCAAAUGGUCAGUCCGCCCCUGGG